GCCACAUCUACCGUACAUUUGUGCUUACCGGGGACAGCUGGAGACCGAAAACUUGAGACAUUGGACUGACUUAUUGAUACCGGCAAGUGGUGACACAAGGCUAAAACACUCCCUAUACGGAUAUAUAGUGAGAAAACACCGGAAACAGCUACACCGAGAUGUAUGGAUUGCUGUCAGAUGGUCAGAGAGUUUAUUGAGCGCAGAUCAGCAGUGUAACACACAUCUCCAUCCAUCCAAAACUUGCUUCACAUUGACCGAGCAAGUCAAACGUCCUGAGGCCUGUGCUGGUGAGAAGCGUGUCCAGGCUGGAAAACCAUGUUUGCCAAGUUGAAAAAAAAAAUAGCCGAAGAGGCCACUAUCACUCCGCGUCCAGGAGGGCCUGCUCGAAUCCCACGCACCAUCAGCAAAGAGUCCAUAACAUCAGCAGGAGCAGACUCGGGAGAUGACUUUGCAUCUGAUGGCAGCAGCUCCCGGGAUGAUCUGUCUUCACAAAUCUCUAGGAGAAAUGAGCAGAUCCGCAGGCUGGAAGCCAAACUGUCAGAUUACGCAGAACAGGUCCGAAACCUGCAGAAGAUGAAAGACAAGCUUGAAAUUGCUUUAGAAAAACACCAGGAUUCAUCUAUGCGGAAGCUGCAAGACCAGAAUGAGGCUUAUCAAGCUAACAGAGCGAAAAUGGCAGAAGGGUUUGCAGUCACAUUGGAACAGAAGGAAAAGGAAUGGACAGACAAACUGGCUGACAUAGAAAGGGAAAACAGAGAGCUUUCUGCCCAGGUUAAAGUCAUGAAGGAGCAGAGUUUGUCCUUGUUCCAGAAAAGAGAUGACCUAGAUGAAUUGGAAGGUUUUCAGCAACAGGAAGUGGCUAAAGUCAAGCAUAUGCUGCUGAAAAAAGAAGAGUUGCUCAGCAAAACACUGCAGGAUUUGGAGACACAAAGGGCUGAAUCUGCUGCAUCUCGAGUGGAGCUGGACAGCAUGAGGACUUCGCACACUCAGCUGAGAGAGGAGUUGCACAAGUUGCAGACGGAGAAUGCUCAGCUGGUACAACAGAGGACAGAGCUGACUGAGGCACAAAAUGGAGCUGAACAGAAGAUAACAGAACUGGAGAGUAGACAGCAAGAGCUCCAAGACUUCAUCCAGAGUCUGUCUCUGGACUUGCAGAAGGCACAAUCGUCGGCCUCGGGCUGUGAAAAGAAACUAAACCAGGUCCAGUCAGAAUAUGAAUCUCUGAAACUGCAGCACCAGCUGCUUCAAUCCAAGGUGGCAAUGGAGGCUGAAGAAAAGGACAAUUUGAUCAAACGUCUUCAAGAAAAGAUUUUGUCACUGGAGAAGACCCUGGAAGGGACUGGGGAGGAAGGCGUGCACGAGCUCCUUAAAGAGAAAGAUGCCUUGGAGAUGAGACUGGAUGAUGCCCAGCAGAAGCUGUUGGAUGCCAAGGUUACGCAUGCAGCGUUAGUCAAGCAGCUGGAUGACCAGGCAACCAAACUUAACCGCGAAGUAGAGGAAGCUCGAGAUCUCCUGACACAGAAGGAGGAGGAACUUGCCCAUUUCAAAGAAGAAAGCUCAUCACAGCUAAUAGAUCUGCAGCAGACAUUAAAGACAACCGGUGAGAGGCUGGAGAGAUUACAGGAGACGCUGGAGUCAAAAGAAGAGCAGGUGACCUCUCUGCAGUCGGAGCUGGCGUCUGAGAGCAGCAGACUAGCACAACAGCUGGCAAGUGUGAAGCAGCAGUGCACAGAAAAGGUGGAGCGGCUCGAGGCGCAGGUGUCUGCUCUGGAGUCAGCACGCGACUUUGACAGGACGGCGGCGCAGCACAAGAUUAGUCAGCUGGAGCAAGAAAAUAAGGAUUUUGAGGCAAAGAGAGAAGAGCUGGAGGCUGCACUGAAGAGGCAGGAGACAGAGCAGGAGAGGCUGAAGGAAGAGCUGAGUAGCAGGGAAAUGGUGAGCGUGGAGAUUGCAAAAGCAUUGGAGGAAUGCAGAAAGCAAAAGGAAGAUCUUCAGCAGGAGGUGAUGAAGCUAUCCGCAAUAAUCAAUGAUCACUCACUGGCAAUGGCACAAACAAAGGAGGAGCUUGCGAGAAGAGACCAGGAAGCUGCCAGACUAAAGGAGGAUUACGAUGCCGCAUUGUUACGCAUACAGCACAUAGAGGCUGAGCUGGAAGACCACAAGUCCAGAGCGAAUCAGAGCAAGGCAUCUGCUGAACAGCACGCCAGCGAGGCCACGGCACAGCUGCAGGAGCACAAAGAGGCUUUAUUGGCCAGUGAGUCUGAGGUGUCCUCAUUACGGGACGAGGUUUCAGCGCUACAUGAACAGCUGCACGGAGCAGGUGCACAGGAACAGAACGGGGAGAUGAAGGCUGGGGACAUUAUGCAGCUGCAGAAGGAGCAUCGAGAGAUGGCACAACAGAUAGCAGAGAAAAACAAGACUAUAAAACAGCUACAGCAGAGGAUGGCAGAAUUAAAGAAGACAUUGCAAAAAGAGUUGAAAAUAAAACCGGAGCCCGAGGUUAACGAAAUGCGUGAGAAGCCGAACUCAGAAAUGUCAGCUCCCGCCUCUCUAACGGUGACUAAUAACUCUGACCUGAACGAUUCACGGGAGAUAAACUUUGAGUAUUUGAAACAUGUAGUGUUAAAAUUCAUGUCUGCGAGGGAGACGGAGGCUUUUCACCUCAUCAAAGCAGUGUCUGUAUUGCUGAACUUCUCAGUGGAAGAAGAAAAUCUGGUGAAAGAAACUUUAGAAUAUAAGAUGUCUUGGUUUGGGUCCAAACCAUCCCCUAAAGGUGCAAUCCGCCCUUCUAUCUCCAAACCGAGAACUACUUGGUCCUGAGCGAUCAGAUGCCUGGAAAUACGUCUUUCUGUGAAAUGAACGUUGAUUGAUUGCAGCCUUGGGAUCUCCGAUCCUUAAUGUAAAUGAGAACUUUUGAGGCUUUUUAGAAGAAUGUUGCCGGCUCUGUUCUGGGUGAUUUGUGUGAUUACCUUGUGCUGCAGCUUUUUUUUUAUGGACUUCCGGGUAUUCCACAUAUUUUAUAUUGCAGGCUGCGGAUACAGCAGCCACCUCAGCGGAGUUCAUGUUUAUCAUUUCCUUUAAACCAAACGAAAUGAACUGUGUGUACCCUGCUGCCAAGCCAUCAGUUUGGGGGCAGAUCUGAGCAGCAUUGCCUUAUAAACGCUGCUUCUUUAGAUACUAUAUACAGACACCAGGGAUAUCUGAGCCUACCAUGUUCUUGUAGUCUUAAUCCCAACAUGGCUAAAGGGCUUUUACUACAGGACUUCUACUACGCCAUCCUGUUCACUGCACACCAAGUAUGAUAUUACGCGGUACAGUAUAGACCUACUGUAUAUGUGCUCUAACCUACUAAUAACUAUUAUUAUUAUUGUAUUUAUCUAACGGUUAUUGCAUUGCUAACCAGUGUAGCACUCACUAACUCAUAUUAGUAAUAACCUGAUAUGCACUUUAGCACUGCCGUGCACUUGAAAUAUAUAGCCACUGGUUGGUUGCGUAUUACAGUAGCUGUAGGCAUGGAUAUUUACAUACACCAGCCCCAAGCUUUGAGCAGCUUGAUAUAACGGGACAUAGUGUGCAAAAAACAACAACAACAACAAACAAUCUGACUUAUGUUUUUGUUCAAAUUCGGGAUCAAACCUUGUCUGGCAGUAGUCGCCAUGUAUAUAGUUGUAACCUGUAGAUAUGAGGCCCUGCUUGUGAUGAUCGGGCUUUGUCUAAAAUUGUGACAGAUGAAGCAUUUAUAGAAUAUUUUAUUUAUUUAAAUAUCCUGCAGGACAGUAGAGAUCCCCAGUCCAGUAGUAAUACUGUGCAACAGCGUUGCAAAUUUUUCCAAAUCAAAAACUUUAAAUCACCAAGUAAGACAAUAUAUACUGUCUCAAUGUUACAAUAAAAUUGCAGCAUAAAAUGUUUAUCCAUGGCAAUAAGGUUUUGAUUCUCUAGCAUUAUAUAUUUUUUUUUAAUUGAUGGACCACUCAAAAGGAUAAAUACAAUAAUCAAAAUUGAUUUACCCAUAAGGGGUGGUACUGGCCUCCACAUAAAUACUAUGAAGAAAACUAAUUUUUGCAGUUCAGUGCAUAGUUGCUGAUGUAUAAUAUUUAUAUAGAACAUGACUUGAGUUGUAAAAUUCUGUUUUUCUUUUAGGUUUAGUUUUUAGUUUAGUUUUUUUUACUUAUUUGCUUCUGUAAGAAUGUGCAGCGGAUACUUCCCCUCUCGGCGGAGCCUACCUUGCACCAAGCAUAACAAUGUGCAGAAGAAUGGUCGCCAUUCUUGACUUUAUAAUAUCUUGUCUUGUGAGUCUAGAUAUACAGCAAAACACUCCAAAGUAAACCCUACAUUCCUAUACAUAAGGUUUUCUUUUCUUAACCUUCUCCGUAGUGUUCUCUAGCACAAGUAUGAGCCGUAAACCUGGACUUAACCACUAGCAAGAAACAAAAAAAAUGGCACAAGGACUUUUAUCAGUUUUUAAAGGUUGUUUUUAUCAGAUCAGAUCACCGUAUGGCUCCUGUAUUUUGUAAACUACGUAGAGCUGAUGGAUAAUUUAAUAUAAAUGUGAUCAUUUACAAUAGCUCAUUUUUAAUUCUGGGUUGAGUUCGAAUAACAAUGUACUACAAUUGUAAUUUUAUUAAGAUGUUAGUAUGUUCCUCCUCUGCUUGCUGCUUCAUGUAUGUUGUUAUCAUUACAGUUUGGCUUUUGCAAAUGUCAUAUCAUCAAGUGUGGUAGAUACUUCCCACAAGUCUUCAUCUUCUUCUCCCCUGUAAUUACCCACUACUAAUCUUUGUUUUAUUCCUGAACAUUUUUUCUUUUUUUCAUGAUAUGGGAAGAAGAUUAUGCCUACUCUCUAUGGUCUCCAGUUACCGCAGGGGUUGGGUCACGCCCUCAUUAUCAGGGCUGCCUUUAAUGACCCCUGACAAAUACCACUAUAAUUUACCAGUCAGAGGACACAAUUUUAUAGUCCACUGGGAAAAAAUGACUAGUCCGCUCACUGAUAAAAAAAUAUUAAAAAUCCAAGUUUCUUCUACAUCUCCUGCAAUUUCUUAAAUGCCUGAAAAUGUUGACUCUGACCAAACUGAUCCAUUCAUUCAUAAUGCUUGGGAAUAAACCCUUUUGGGUGAAAA